AAAUUAUACAAAUAUAAAUACACGGUCCAUGGAAUUUUGUGUUAGAAAAAAAAGAGUCUUGAUAUAGAAAACUCUAGAUGAAAUUGUUUAUUUGCCAGUACUUAAACCACUCAACUUUGCUAAACUAGUAUUUGUACCAAGUGGGGUGCAGAAAAUUUAUUUUUUCUUGAUAUAUUUUUUUUUUUUUUUUUUUUAGCAAUUUUAGCUUCUGGUAAUACUUAUUUUGAUGAAAAAAGUAGUUGGUUUUUAUUAAAGUUUUGAUCUUUUUGCUGUUUUUCAUAUUUUCUUGAAGUCUUUUUAACAAUUUUAGCUUCUGGGUAUUACUUAUUUUGAUGAAAAAAGUAGUUGGUUUUUAUUAAAGUUUUGACCUUUUUUGGUGUUUUUUUGUGAAGAGUGUUCAUUUCCAGCUGUUUUUUUGUCUUGGGGUUUAGUUUUCUUGAUUCAAUGGUCUUGUUUUGUCUUGAUUUGUGUUAGCUGUUGGUUUUUGAGAGUUUGUAUUAAAGUUGUUUUGAUCUUUUAUAUAGGUCUUAGUUGGAGUGAUUAAGCGGUUGGUUUUGGAAGUUUUUGGUUUUUUAGUCAACUUUGAUAGUUUUGGUGCUUUAUAUAUUUGAAGGGGUUUGUAGUUAUUGUUUUUGUAAACUGAGGUUGAUGAUGGUGGUGGUUCAUGACUAGUACAACUGUGAAGAUUGGUACCGAAGGCAAUAGGAUUGGUACUUCUGGGAUGCCAAGUUUCAUUUCUCAGAUACCAGUUUCAAAUCACAUGGGCACAGAAGGGAACAAUACAAAUACUUCUCGAAUGUCUGAAUUUGGGGUGCUUGAGCAAUAUCUUGGAUUCCGUAUUGGAGAUGGUGCUAAUGUUAAUCGAAGUCCGCUAUUUAAUUCAACUUCUGCAACUAAUCCAGCAGUGGGUUUUGACGUCUCUGGAACCAUCAAUAGGAAUUUAGCUCCUUCAAAUGCAAAUUUGUCUACUGCUGCUCCGGGAUCUCAGGCAAUACAAUUGCAAUCAAACCUAGUUGCUGCAUCCGGCACUCAUCCUGAGAAUUGGGGAGAGUCCAACAUGGCAGAUUCCGGUUCUCGAACUGAUACUUCAACUGACAUGGAUGGGGAUGAUAGAAAUCAACGGAUUGAGACAGGUCAAUCCAGGGCUGUUGUAGCUUCAGAUUCCAGUGACAAAUCAAAAGAAAAAGUCUUGGAUCAAAAGACAUUACGGAGACUCGCCCAAAACCGUGAAGCUGCUAGAAAAAGUAGAUUGAGGAAAAAAGCAUAUGUUCAACAGCUGGAGAAUAGCCGGCUGAAGCUUUCGCAGUUGGAGCAGGACCUUCAGCGAGCACGUCAACAGGGGAAGUACAUUUCAAACAUGGGAGAUCAAUCAAAUGGAGUGGGAGCCAAUGGGCCCUUAGCAUUUGAUGCAGAAUAUAGUCGUUGGUUAGAAGAACACAACAAACACAUCACUGAGUUAAGGACAGCUGUCAAUUCACAUGCAAGUGACCCUGAACUGCGAAGUAUUGUGAGUAAUGUCACUGCACAAUUUGAUGAGGUCUUCAGGGUGAAAGGAAAUGCAGCCAAGGCGGACGUAUUCCAUGUCUUGUCAGGGAUGUGGAAAACCCCCGCCGAGCGGUGUUUUAUGUGGAUUGGUGGCUUCCGCCCAUCGGAACUUCUUAAGCUUCUAGUCAGUCAGUUAGAGCCUCUGACAGAGCAACAGUUAGCUGGCAUUUACAACUUGCAGCAGUCAUCCCAUCAAGCGGAAGAUGCUCUUUCACAAGGUAUGGAAGCUUUGCAGCAAUCCUUGGCGGAAACAUUAGCCAAUGGAACUCCAGCUCCCGAAGGGUCAUCAGGGGAUGUAGCUAAUUACAUGGGUCAAAUGGCUAUGGCUAUGGGGAAGCUAGGGACUCUUGAAGGGUUUCUCCGUCAGGCGGACAAUCUGCGUCAACAAACAUUGCAACAAAUGCAUCGCAUAUUGACAACCAGACAAUCGGCUCGUGCUCUUCUUGCAAUAAAUGAAUAUUUCUCCCGUCUUCGAGCUCUCAGUUCUCUUUGGCUUGCCAGACCACGAGAGCAAUAAGCGCGACAUAGAUUGCACUGUUCUGCUGAUACACUGGCCAGUAUGAGAGGCAGCUAAGUUAAAUGUAAAGUGGUACUUUAUGUGGCUGGGGAAGUGUAAAAUUUGUUUUUUCUAGGUGUUAGGAAUGCCAUAUGUUUACUUUGUGACAUAGGAACCAAUAAUGUAACUGUGUUUUUAGCUUUACAAGGCAAAAGUUUAGUUAGGGAUUUUAAGUUGAAGAAAUGUAAGAGAUAGAAAGUUUAUGCUUAAACAAAUUAUAGUUGUGAUUUGGGAA